GCGUCAACGAGCCAAUCAGCGCCACUCAAUCAGCGAGCGCACAAAGACGAGGGGGGAGCGGGGGGCGACGCGCGGCGCCGCGACUUCGCGCAGCGGCAGAGAUCGGCGCUGCGCUCGUGGCCGGACGCAGCAGCAGCAGCAGCUCGCAGCGCCGUCCCCUGCCCGCAGCCCCUCCGCGGAGUCCUCCUCCCUCCCUCCCAAGCGACCGCGCCAAGCCCGGGUGGGCGCGCUUCCAUCUCUUCUCGCCACCGCCGCCGAUCCUCCUCCUCCUCGUCCUCCUCCUCCUCGUCCUGCAUCUCCUCCUCCGCCGCUCCUCCCGUCAGCAGCUGCGACCCCCCGCACGACUUUACCGAGCGAGCGACCCCGCCGCGGACGAGGGCGCGCGCGGCCUCCUUCUCGUGCGUCCCGAUGCGAGAGCCGGCCCUAGCUGCGAGCGGAAUGGCCUACCACCCCUUCUUCCCCGGCCGGCCGAGCGACCUCCCCAUGAGCGCCCUGCUCGCCGCGCAGCCCCCGUUCUUCCCCGCGCUCGCGCUGCCGCCGGGACUCUCCGGCUCCCUCGGGAAGGGGAUGCCCGGCGACCCCGGCCUCUCGGUGUCCGCGCUGAGUCACCAGGCCGCGCACCUGCGCCACCUCAAGGGGCUGGAGGCGGAGGAGGCCGUGGAAGAUGACCCCAAAGUGACGCUCGAAGCCAAAGAUCUGUGGGACCAGUUCCACAAGUUCGGCACGGAGAUGGUCAUCACCAAGUCCGGCAGGAGAAUGUUCCCGCCCUUCAAGGUGCGAGUGUCGGGUCUGGACAAGAAGGCCAAGUACAUCCUGCUCAUGGACAUCGUGGCGGCCGACGAUUGCCGCUACAAGUUCCACAACUCUCGCUGGAUGGUGGCGGGCAAGGCCGACCCCGAGAUGCCCAAGCGCAUGUACAUCCACCCCGACAGCCCGGCCACGGGCGAACAGUGGAUGUCCAAGGUGGUCUCGUUCCACAAGCUGAAGCUCACCAACAACAUCUCGGACAAGCACGGCUUCUUGCGGCCCUCUCUCCCGCAGACCAUCCUCAACUCCAUGCACAAGUACCAGCCGCGCUUCCACAUCGUGCGCGCCAACGACAUCCUCAAGCUGCCCUACUCCACCUUCCGCACCUACGUCUUCUCCGAGACGGACUUCAUCGCGGUGACCGCCUACCAGAACGACAAGAUCACACAGCUGAAGAUCGACAACAACCCCUUCGCCAAGGGGUUCCGGGACACGGGCAACGGCCGCCGAGAGAAGAGGAAGCAGCUGGCGCUCCACUCGCUGCGCACGUACGAGGAGGCGGAGGGCGAGGAGCGCGACGACGGCGACUCGGACGAGGAGCCCCCCCCGGGCUCCGCCAGCGCCUCGUCCAGACACACUCUCCCUGCCAGCCCGCUCUACUCCGAGCGGAGCCGCGACGACCGCGAGCAGCGAGGAGGCCGCGGCGGCGGCGGCGAGGACCGCGGCCUCGACCUCUCGGCCAAGGAGCUGCGCUCCCCGGGAGACCGCGCGGCCGCCGCGGCCGCCUUCUCCGCCUCGUCCUCCUCCUCCUCGUCUCGCACCCCGGAGCGCGAUGCCCCGCGUCACCCGGCGCGCUCCUCCUCGUGCCCCUCGGAGGCGUCGCGCCACCCCGAGCACAACGGCGCCGACAAGCACCACGACCCGGCGGGCAAGGCCCGCGACGGGGCCUCCGCGCGCGGCGGCGGCAAGGAGAGCUUCGCCCCGCUCACCGUGCAGACGGACGGGCCGCACGCGCACGUCGCGUCGGGAGCGCUGCACAACCUCGGCUUCCCGGGCCUGCAUGGGCAGCCCUUCUUCGCGCCCAUCAACGGGAGCCACCCGCUCUUCCUGCACCCCGGCCAGAUGGCCAUGGCCUCGGGCGCCUUCCCGGGCCUGAGCGCCGGCAUGGGGCCCCUGCUGGCCUCCAUGUCGGGCGUGCUGGGCGGCGCGGACGCGGCGGGCGCCCCGCACGGCGUCCCCGCCUCGUCGGCCGCGCUGCACUUCCCGGGACUGCCCCACCACCUGCUCGCGUCGCAGGGCCUGCCCGUGUCGGCCUUCGGCAGCCUCUUCCCCUACCACUACACCUACAUGGCGGCCGCCGCGGCCGCGGCGGCGGCCGGGGCGGGCAGCCCCGCGCACCGGCACCCGCUGUUCGGCCGCCAGCACCUGCGCUUCAGCCCCUACUCGCUGCCCCUGUCCACGCCCCCGGCCCCCGGCGGCCCGGGCCUCCUGGCCGCGGGGGCGGCGGCCGCGGCUCCGCCCCCGCCGCCCGCGGCGCCGCCGUCCGGGGCGGCCGAGGCCGCGUCCGGCGUCGAGGGGAAACUUGGGGGGGCCGCGUCGCCCGCCCCCCCGAGGAGCCACGGCGCCAGCCCCGAGCGAGAGGGCAAGAGCGAGCUGCGGAGCAUCCAGCGGCUCGUGAGCGGCCUGGAGGGCGGCAAGCGGGGCGCGUCUCCCGGCAGGGGCAGCCCGUCCUAGUCCGCUGCCUGCCGCUCCGCCCCCCGAGCCUGCCGCUGCCCACGCGCGGGAGGGUGGGGGGGGGCAGCCGACCGACAAACACGAAGGCGUUCCGGCGCGCGCGCUCG